CCGGGGCCGCUGUGGGCGCUUCCGGCGGCGCGGGCGGGGCGGGGCGGCGGGGCGGGCCCGCCAUGCGCUACAACGAGCGGGAGCUGCUGUCCCUGGCCCGCCAGCCCGCGGAGAAGGCGGCCGAGAUCCGCAUGAGCGUCCCCAAGAAGGGCAGCGUGCUGAAGAAGCGCCUGGUGAAGCUCGUGGUGAAUUUUCUCUUCUACUUCCGCACCGAUGAGGCCGAGCCCAUUGGAGCUCUGCUGCUGGAGCACUGCAAGAUCACCAAAGAGGAGGAGAACGUCUUCUCCAUCAGUUUCAUCGAGGAGCCAGAGAGGAAAUACUGCUUUGAGUGUGCCACGGAGGAGCAGUGCCAGGAGUGGGUCGAGGCACUCAGGAGAGCCAGCUACGAGUUCCUGAGGAGGAGCCUGAUUUUCUACCGGAACGAGAUCCAGAAGAUGACAGGGAAGGACCCCCUGGAGCAGUAUGGGAUCUCUGAGGAGGCUCGUUUCCAGCUGGGGGCACACAGGCAGUAACCCCUCACCUGGCUGGAGCUGCCCCCUGGCAAGGACAGAGCUCCCCACAGUGACCACGGGACUCUUUUAUUUAUUACCCAAAUCGGUUUGUAUUUUUUUUUUAAGGGCAUUCGUGGCACAUUCCCAGUUCCCCAGCUGGGAAGGCUGAGGUGCUGCAGUGGGAGCAGAGGCAGGGACUGACAGAGCUCCAGCACCUGCUGGGGCCCCCUGAGGCAGCUCCAGCCCUGCUCCUGCUCCUCCCUGUCCUGGGGGGCUCCGGGGCUGCCCUGGCUCAGAAUCCUCCUGCAGUGUCCCGGGAGCCCUGGGGCUCAUCCCUGGCUGCAAGAGGAUGUUGUGACUGAUCUGGGCUCCAGGGUUUAACCCUUUAACCCUCCCUGCCCCUCCAGGGAGCAGUGGAAUUCCUCCAGCUGGUGGAGAGGGGCAUCUGCUGCUCUGUGCCAGGGCAGCAGCCCUGUGCAGCCACGGCCCUUUGGGGUCUUCCUUUCCCUCCCCUGGGCAGGUGCUGUGAUUGCUGGGGGCUGGGUAAGCCCAUCCAAAGGAACAAAACUGCAGAACACGAGGGAACAGAGACAGGGAGAGAUCCCUGUGAGCUGCUGCCUGUCUGCAGAGCUCUGCAGUGAUCCAGCUUCCCAGGGAGGAGAGGCAGAUGGAGGAGCUGGCAGAGCAGGAGCUGCUGCCUUUGGCUGCAGGAUGGAGCUGCACCAGCUCAGCCAGGCGUUAACCCUUCAUUCCCUGAGCCACUGCUGCAGCUCUUCUCCCUUCUGUGUGUCCCCUUUGUCCAAAGGGACAGACCAAAAAUCUGCCAAGGUCGCAGUGAGCUGCCAGGGAGCCAGGGCUGCCUGUCCUGGAGCUCCUGCAGGGAAGAGAUAAGGAUUAGGAACAGCAUUUCCACAGGAUCAGCCCUGGCUCUGGCUGCACCAAGGAAACCUGCCCAGAAAUGAGGGAUGGAGGACACUCCCCACACCCAGGGCUGCAGCAGACCCAGGUUCUGACUGCCAGAGCAGCUUCCCUGGAAGCAGCCUGGGAAAAUCCCCAGGAAAGGCUUCAGGGAAGGUCCCAGGUGUCCCUGGCAGGGGUUGCUGGGGCUGGGGCAGGGCCUGGGCUUUGGGAGCUGCAGCUCUGGGCCUGUUCCCCUCCAGCUGCCCAGCCUGGGGAGGGGUGGAGCAGCCUCUGAGCUGAGACUGAACGGAAUUUUGGGAUCUUUUCCUCCUUGGCUGGGAGUUGGUGCCCAAACCAGAGCCCACACUGCAGCCUUUGGUAUCCUGGUGUUCUCUCUUUACCUCAUCCAGCUGAGUACCACGAGUGACACUGAUGCUUUAAUCUCAAAGAGGAGAUUUUUUCCCUUUUCUCUCCCCAGAUUCUCCUUUUCCCUUGAAUCAUUCCAGGUGCUUGCUCCAGAAAUUACCAAAAUCAGCCGAGGGGCAGCUGCCCUGGGGGAUCAACCAAGGGCAGCAGGGAGGGAGCAGAACACAGGGGGGGCUGCAGACAGAUGGCAGCUCCAGGGGAAGCAGCAGCAAGGGAUUAAAAGCAGGAACACACAGGGAUCAGUAUCCUCGGAUGACUCCAAAGUGCAUUUUAAUCCUGCCCAGCCUGCAUUUUUACAAACCAGGGCUGAGUUCUCAGCUGGGCUUGCCACCACUGUAGCAAAUUGUCACCUGUGCCUUGCAGGGCUCGGUGGCCUCCUCGCUGGGCACCUUCCCCAGGUGGAGCUGCCACCCUCCAGUGUCACUGUGCAGAAAAUGGGUGUUUUAUUUGCUGUUCCAGGGAACAAUUGGGUGAGCAAGAGCAAAGCCCAACACUGAUUUCAAUGUUCAUCACCAAUGACAUUUCUUAACUGAAUGUACAACACAAGCUGUGAAGAGUUGCCAGGGCCAGGCCAGGCCCAGGGACUCAGAUCUGUUGUAGGGCAGGGCUGGGGCACGGGGUGGGAUUGAGGGAGGGAGGAUGGUACUUUAUAGAGACUUUGAAAUCUGCAUCAACUGCUGGUGAUUUACAGACAAUUGCUCAUUUUUCACUCUCUGGUGACUUUGUUGUGUUUCAUCCAGAGCUGGGUCCAGGCUCCCUGAGAGCCAGCUGAAGCCAUUUCUCUGUUGUACAGUGAACAUUCCCAAUAAAUGCUGUUUUAAUCUU